UGUGUUGUCAUCGAUCAGUUGUUGUAGGGAGGGUGUCGUCUGCUGGUGCUGGUCAGCCAAGCCUCUGCAACAUUCCCUCAUACAAACUCCCGCUCACAUCUUCUGCCCACCCGUUCCAGCCGCCAAUUAAACAUGGAAUUCCGAUUCGACGUGAGGACUCUAUUACCGGAUGAAAUAACACUAGUGGAUAAUAAUCUAAUAAUUGGUGAUUGGAAGUCGACAACCAAAAACAGGGUAGAAUACCAGGAGCUGUACCAGAUCAUUAACGCGAUAGGAGAGGCCUCAUCCUUUGCCCAGGGCCUCAACAAUGUUAUUACUACAGCAGAUAAGCUCCAGACUUCUGACCACCUGUUGUAUCUCAUGAAGGAGGAGGAUGAGUCCAUAGGACAGUGUCUUCUUGUUGGUAUGCUUAAGAUUGGCCGCAAGAAGCUCUUCCUUCUGGAUACUUCACAGCGGACAAAGGAGUGUGCUCCUCUCUGUGUCUUAGAUUUUUAUAUUCAUGAGUCACGACAGCGCAGAGGCUAUGGCAGAAGGCUGUUUGAUUAUAUGCUGCGGGAUCAAAAUGUUUUACCCGGUCACAUGGCAGUUGAUAAGCCCUCAGAUAAGUUCCUGGGAUUCCUGCGGAAGCACUACAACCUCUACAAGCAAGUCAGCCAAAUUAACAACUUUGUUGUCUUUGAUGCUUUCUUCACUGAUAGGCCAAUUGUAUCUGAAGAAGCCGCUUUGACUUAUGUGAGUCGUAGCCCCCGUGCUGUAUCUCCAGACGGCAGCCAUUCACAAAGUGCAUCUCGACGUUCCUCUACCUCUAGCUAUUGCCACUCUGCUGGCCGUCCUUCUAAUUCCUCUCGACAAGCUAACAGCAUGGUUGAUAUUCUUCAUGGCCGCCCUGACCGUCACUCUACAACUGCUCGACUCGCGCCUCGCUACCAAACGACUCUAGAGUGGAUGCGAGGACCGAAUUCUGGGGGUGAAUCUCCAUACUCUCGCACCCCCACGUCAUACUCUGCAUCUCGCACCCCGUCAAAUACUGGCUCCCCCCUACGUACCCCAUGGGGUGGCUCUCCUCCACGUACUCAUCCUUACACCCCUCCUACUACUUCACAGCCCACCAGCCGCAAAGACAGCGUUGACCAAGUGGAUGGAAACAGAAGUCUUGAGGGAUCAUUUGCGCCAACACCAGCCACUUCCCCAGAGCGUCAUUCCCCCGCCAAAGAUGGAGAAGAUGUGAUUGAUCAGCAGCCCUCAGUGGAGGAAGAUGGAAUGGUGGAGAAAGUAGAGAAAUUGUCAAUGUCUGCUGGCCCACAGUCGCCAGUCAAGUCACCUGAGCUCUGUGGAUUGGUCUCACUCUGCAAGACGAGCCAGUGGCGUGAUAGUGUGUCUCGCCCAUCAACAUCGUUGGCAGAGCGAAUGUCAGCGCCCUCAGGCUCCACCAUGACCGGUGUCCUACAUGAAAAUGAAUCUGUUCAUGGACACUUGAAAUUCCAUCACCAUGCCUUAUGGUAAUAAAGCAGAAAGUGAGUGCUUCUUGUCUUUACCACCAAGCAAGAGAGCCUUUAUUGCUGCCAGGUUAUUGACUUGUCACUUGGGUUGAAGAGGUCCCAGGUGGCUGACAGUUGACACAUCAGCAUUCCCUGAUACCUGUAAACACUGCAGCUCAUCUUUAUGUGGUGGCUACAACUUGCAUUCCUGCCUAAUUUUUAUGUGCACACUAUGGUACUAUAGUUAUUUAAUAGGUCAGGUGUUAUUUUUACUUUAGGUCAAGGAUUGUAUGAUUUUACAUUUUAUUUACCAUUCAUAACUCACUGGAUAAAUUUAUACAGGGCAAAAGUUAAAGCUAUAUGUUGUAAAUUUAACAUGAUAUUUUUAUUGUGGUGUUACUGGUACUAUGUAAAAGUUGAGGUGGAAUGUGCUCAAGGUUGUGAUUUCAGUCUGUGGGUUUGAUAUCCAGUAAGUGAAAAGUUUAAUUUUAUUAGGAAAUAUAUAUACUGUAUAACACUGAACAGAGAAAUCUGGAUUAAAUUCUCUGACAACUACUAUCUAUUGUACGCUUUUAUCUAGUGGGAUAUUUGUCACUGGAGGACCUUGACGUAUUUAGCAUCCCGAGUUAGAGUGCUGCCAAGCAAACUGUUACGCUCUAAUUACUUGGGUGUGGAAUAAGUUUUUAAUAGACUGAUAGAUGAAGAGAUAGACAUAAAGUGGAGGAUUAGCUAAGCUUUUAAGCUUAAAAAUACUAUAUUAAAUGCAAAACGUCAGGAUAUUCCCAGUAUUAUGAUAGCAGAGUGCGAUUCAUAUCAAACGUCAGCUUUACUCAUUGCAUUAUUACCCAUCAUUUCAUUGUAUGCAUUUUGGGGAACUAAAAUACCUGUACUUAGUCUUAUCUGAUAAUCUCGUUAGAACUUUUAAUGACUCAAGGAUGUCUGCCAAAGAAACUACUGCUUUAUGGGGUUAGUUAUGUCAUGUAACAAGUACUGUGCCUGAUCACCUUGGUUUAUAACAUUUAUUAGAGAUCUGAUACCAUUGUUAACGUGGUAUAUACAGUACAGUAUUUAGCAUUGGAAGGGCUUAUAGCAAUUAUUAAUAGGGUACUGUACCAUUAUUGUGUGGUAGGUGGGUGGUAUAAAGUGAUACAGUAUAAGGAUAUAUUGUAGAUGUAAUUCAGUGUUUUGUGAGGCUUGGUGCACCCGUUCCAUCUCCUGUUGUUGGGGUUGGAGUAAGGUUGAUAGGUGGUUAGAUAUAUGGGUGGUAUAUUUAGUACAGUACUCAAGUACCAUCAUCGGCUGGAGAUGCCCUCAUUGUCCAACUUGACUGCCAUGUUCACAAACCUGUUGACUGCACUGUGUAUACAGUACACUAAGCACUAUUCUGGAGCAAAAUCUGUUAUGUACUGCACUUGCUGAAAAUAUUCCCAUUAUUCUAGAAGCUUAAAAUGGGAAAACAUGUUUCAUCUGCAUUGUGUUGCUAUUUAGAAUAUUUAGAACAACUGAACUUAAUUUGAUAUAUGGUAGUAGGUAAUUACUGAACACUGAAAUGACUUGCCUUAAAUUUGCACUUUUUUUACAAUUAAGUAGCAUGAUGUAGUCCUUUGUCUGUAAGGAUAUGUAAACUUCCAGUUUCUGCCUUAUUAUGACAAUAUUAUUAUUAAAUCAGUACAGGAUAUUCAUGAUUGAAAUGAAUGGUACGCAGCUAUUUUAUUUUUAUAUUUUUUAAGGGUACGAUAUGUAAAACCUGAUAACAACCAUUAGGCUUCUCAGAAGAUUGAUUUUAUUUUGGUAGAAGAUCAUGAACAAAGUUUUUGCAGAACAGGAAGGCCUUCUCAUUUAUUCAUAAGCUAGGGAUACUCAUGCUUUGUUUGAACUGAUUGUUUACAAGUUGAAGUGGCAUUAUGUUGUGCACAUUCCUUUAUUAGUUUUUAUGUUAAACCUUUUUGACGAACUUUUUAUAUGUUUCUUCGUGUCAGUGUAAAAAUGAGUUAAUGGCAGGUUCACCUGAAAAUAAGUAGUUAUGUGUUUAUCUUUUUUGAUGUGACAACAAUGUACAAAUUGGUUUAGGAAGAAGAGGUGAACCUAAGGUGGCAUAAAUAUUUUUCAAUAUUCAUUUUAGUAUUAAUUUCAGUUACAUGGCCCUCAAAUUUUGGCCCUCAAAUUUUCACACUAAUGGAUUUGUUUCGUUUUGUUUGAUAGAUUCUACUUGCUUCCUUUUGGUGUAAGUGUAGAUAAAGAUAUGUUUAACAAGAAUUAUUUAUUGUUGAUUUAAAAUGGAGAAAAUAUUAAUAACAAUAUAGAGAAGGCUUUUGGCACUAAUAAAGGAACCCAUAGGUAAGGUAAAUGAUACAUCUUCCAACUUGGUAUGUUAGGAUAUCAUGUCCAGUUUCAUGCUGGUUAAAAUGUUGUGUAUAAUAGGUGUACAGUACUGUGAAAAACACCUGUAUUUACAGUUGUAAGGAUUAGUGCUAGAUUCAGCAACCAAUUUUUUGUUAUGAAGGAUAUCUGAGUACAUUACAUUUAAGUUAUUAUUUUAUGACUGAUGCUGGGAAAUUAUCAGCACAUUAUCCAUUACACGGUAUGUAGUUAUAGCUUAUUUCAAUAGAGUAAUGUGUUGGUUUGGGGGUAUAACAAAUUUUUCAACUUCCCCCUGGAGAGGAUACAGGCCGCCUCCACACAUUCUCUCGGGAACAUGAUGACAACUCACGUCUCGUUGUCCUCCACUAGUGACCGUUAUUUUAAGUUAAAUUUUUUCUUGCAGUUAAGUUUUUUGAAGUGAGGUAUUUUCUGUAUAAUGUAUGGUCUUAUUUUGUUCCAUAAUUCAUCUUUUUUAAAGGCUCUUUUGCUGUUAAUUUUCUUUUUUGUUUUAAAUUAUAGAGUCCCUCUGGGAAAAUGGUACUGUAUUGUAUAAAGGCAUAUGGUCAAUAUGCUUGUUUCUAAACUAUGCAGUCCAAUACUUACUUUUCUUAAUACUUUUAUUUUACAUGUUUUAAAGUACAGUACAUAGUUGAGGAACUUGUGAAAAGUAUUGAUGCAAAUAAACAGAAAUUUAUUGACAAUGUAAGACUUACCUGACAAAAUUUUGGUAUGAAAAAGCUUUGAAGUAAAACUUAUUGCUUCCAGAGAUAUAGAUCCAGAUGGUCUCUCUGUCAGCAUUCCAGGGAUGAACACAUUGCAAUUUACAAAUCUUAACACAUCUUGUUUGGGAUGUAAGAAGAAUGAUAGACAACUGCAAACUAAAGAAUUUUUGUAGGAUAUGACAAGCUGUAUGGUACUUGAAUUAAUAAUGCAAGUGUCGGUUAAAAAUUGUCAGGUAUUGUAAGUCUUAACAUUGAAAAAUAGACAUUUUUCCCAAUUUUAUUAGUGAAUAUUGCAAAGGGCUUUACACAUAUUUCCAUAUAUACUGUAUAUAUGUACUAUUUAUUUUGUUUCUUUGAACUAAUUUAUUAAAAAUGUGAAGUAGUUUACUUUGUGUUGUCUGUGUGUGCAGCAGUGUUUCAUGUGAGUCAUCAGUGAUGGGCACAAUUUUGAUGCACAAAAUUAUUUCUGUAUAGUACUGUGUAUCUACAAACGUUUUUCUUUCUUAUUAAGAGAUCCAGAAAAAUAAUUUUAUAUGAAUGACAGAGAUUUUGUUGUUUCUAGAUAUUUCUUUAAAAAAUAUUUAUCCACCAAAAAUGAUAAAAAUUUAAGAUUUGCCUUUGUGUCAUAUAUACUGUUUAUAUAUAUAUAUAUAUAUAUAUAUAUAUAUAUAUAUAUAUAUAUAUAUAUAUAUAUAUAUAUAUAUAUAUAUAUAUAUAUUGUUUGAAUCAAUGUAGUACAGUAUUUAUAAAGUGAUGUGUUUAUACAAACAGGCAUUUAUUGUAUUUGGUGCUUAUACAUGAACACAUCAUUACAAAGGAAGUGCAUCUUGCUUUUUGUGAAACCAAAAUUAAUACAGAUGUGAUAUAGUUUAAAAUUCUAGUGUCAGACAGAUACUUUCCAUACAUUUUGAUACAUAUAUGAUAAUUUUAAUGCAUAUAUUCAACUGCCUGUGCAAGGUUGCUGCACUUUUGUAUACUGUAAUAACUACUAUCCAACAGUCCUUCUGUAAGCCAGAAGUCUAUUAAGUGGAAUAAACAAACAUAAGGAAGUGGAAGAGCCAUGGUUAAUAUUAGUAUUCCUGUUUUUAGGAUAACUCUUAUGAAUAGCUGCAUGAAUCUUCACAUGAGAGUUCUGUCUUAACAUUGUGGAAAUAGAUAAGAAUUAUGUGUACAGUACAGUAUAUUCAACACAUAUAUGAACACUGCUUACAGUGGAAAGAUAAAAAUAUGAAAUUAAUUCUCAGACUGGCACACCUGCAUGAUGUAUAUCCUUAAAACAUGAAUACAGUAUAAAGGUUAAUUAGAGCUCCACCUGAUUUAGUUUGUUUAUUCUGUUUAGUUGGUUUUCAGAUCUUGGGGACCCCUGUCCAGGGUGUGAAGGGAUAGUUAGAGUAUUGCUGUCAUGCACUGUACUUUCUCAUCUUUAAGACUAAACUUACUGUAUAACUUACCAUUUAAAGUACUGCAAAAUUUACCUAUUCGAUGUAAGAAUAUUCCAGAAUAUCAUUCCCUUAUGUAAUAUUGAAGAAUUUAAACCUGUUGUCUGAUUUUUGCUACAGUAUAUGUUUUGUUUAUGUAUUUUGUACAACUGACUGCUUCAACUCAGUCUAGAAUAAUUUUUAAUGUAUGUCCAGUCAAACAACUGCAGCUUCAUAGUUAAGUACUGUAAUGAAAAUCCAAGUUGAUGUUUUGGAUUAUAUGUGACAUUGCUGUUGUGGCUUUUGUCAUUGAUUAUAGUUUUAUUAUUGUAAAUGAUGCAGAGAUCUAGAAAUUGUUUUAUUUUAUAUAUUGUAUUAUUAUAUGAUCUGUUUCAUUUGUUCUUUUAACAGAAGCUUUAACUUUAAAAUACUCUGUAACUGUUACCAUUGCCAAGUAAUAAAAAUUAACGUUCAACCAAGUGA